ACAACUAGACCGACAGUCAAAUACACUCGAUAGAACAAGAGGAACAUCAAACAGCGCAGUCAUGCUGUACCUCGCUCUGCUUUUCGUCUCCGCAGCCGUCGCUACCCCUCUGUUGGGGACUGAACAGUGUGGCCGUGGUCCUUCCUACUGGUGCCACAAUGUGAAGACUGCCUCCAUCUGUGGAGCCGUAGUUCACUGCCAGCAGAAUGUAUGGAACCAGCCCCAGAUGAAAUCUGUGCCAUGUGACCUGUGUAAGGAGGUGGUGGUUGUGGUGUACCAGCUGUUGAAAAACAAUGCUACGGAGGGUGAGAUUCUGGGCUACCUGGAGAAGCUCUGUACCUUGAUCCCUGUCAAGAGCCUGUCUGCGGAGUGUAAGGAGCUGGUGGACAGCUACUACCCCCUCAUCACUGGCAUCAUCACUGCAGAACUGGAGAACCCCCAGGUGGUGUGUGGUGCCAUUGGUCUGUGUGAUUCCCAGCAGGCAGCUCUGGGCAGACUCCAGUCUCAGAUCCAAUCCAAACAUAUCCCCCAGCUCACGUCCAAUGAGAUCCCUCAGGAAGACCUGGCCCAGAGGGUCGCCCCCUUCCUCCUCAACGUCCCUGGGCUCCUCUACCCCCAGGGCCAGGAGAACACCAAGCAGGGGGUCCCUAAACAGGAGAGUGGAGACGUGUGUGAGGACUGUGUGAAGUUCAUCACAGACUUCCAGGACGAGGCUAAGAGCAACUCUACCUACGUCAACUCUAUGAUCGAACGGAUCGAGAGCCAGUGUGACCUGCUGGGACCUGGAAUCUCUGACCUGUGCAAGCAGUACGUCAGCCAGUACGCUCCUCUCAUCGCCCUGCAGCUCAUGUCCAUGAAACCUAAAGAUAUCUGUGCCCGCGCUGGCUUCUGCUCUGCAGAGGUGAAGAGCUCUGUCCCCAUGAUGAAGCUGGUGGCUGCCAAGGCAAUCCCCGCUGUCAAACUGGUCCCUGCCACUAAUAUGGAGGCUCUCAAGCCCGCCAAGAACAUGGUGCGUGCCCGUGGCUCCCCCCAAUGUGUCGUAUGUGAGUUCAUAAUAAAGGAGGUGGAGAGCAUGCUGGGCCAUAAGAAGACUGAGCAAGAUGUGGUGCAUGCUUUGGAGAAGGUGUGCUCCGUGCUGCCCUCCUCCCUGUCGGCCCAGUGUAAGGCCCUGAUUGAGGCCUACGGCCAGGACAUCAUUGAUCUGCUGGUGCAGGAGGCCGACCCCAAGACUAUCUGCACCGUGCUGGGGCUCUGCCAGGACGCCAGCCGCGCCUUCAUCCCGGUGUUGGACCGGUCCCAGGUCGAGGCGGGCAGCUUCUGUGAAGUGUGUAAGAUGGCUGUGCGUUACAUCGAUGGGAUCCUGGAACAGAACGCCACAGAGGCUCAGAUUGAAGACGCAGUCCGGAAAGCCUGCAGCUUUGUCCCAGAGGGCAUCAGGAGCGAGUGUGACCAGCUGGUUGAGCUGUAUGAGCCUAUGCUGGUUCAGCUACUGCUGCAGGUGCUGGACCCUGACUUUGUCUGCAUGAAGGUGGGGGUGUGUCCCGAGGCAGUGCAAAGUCUUCUGGGUAUGGAGCAGUGUAGCUGGGGACCUGCCUUCUGGUGCAAGAACAUGGACACAGCAAAACGCUGCAACGCGGAGGCACACUGCAAGCGUCACGUGUGGGAGUAGAAGAGGAUGAGGACUAACCUACACAAUAUGAACCUUUUUUAGGAAAUUGAAGAGAAAUACUGUAGCACUGCUGCUGCUUUCCUGUUUUUAAAUCAAGAAAUGUGUCCUGUUUUUUUUGCAAUUGUCAAAGUAAAUGUACUAGGCAGAUUGAACUGGAGAUGUUUUGGAGGGAGUGGAUGCCUUUUUUUCCUGACAGAAGUUUGAGUUUCUUUAUGUGUGUGGGGGGGGGAGAAGGAGUGUUACGAGUUCUAGAAUGAAUCUACCUUCCUGACUGUUUUUUUUAAGUUACUGGGAUAACCUUCCAAAAUGAUCUGUAGUUGGACUGAUUAUUUAAUGGGUCUGGUUUGUUUAACGCUCUCUUUCGCUAAAUGAUUUUACAUGUCGCACACGGUUGCUAACUUGACGAGGCUGGUUUCCCGGACACAGGUUAAGCAUAGUCUUGGACUAAAUAGAAUGCUUGUUAGUCCAAGACUUAAUCUCUGUCCAUGAAACUGGCCCAUUUUAAGUAUGUGAAGAAGACAGGUGGGUAAAUGGAUACUACUAUCUGUGAAAGGAGAGGGGUCCGAGACCUGUUGAAUCUCAGGGUGUCCUUUGAUCUCAGGCUAAUUCUUUACUCAAUGUAUCCCCCCUCCCUUGCAGUGACUGCAACUGGAAGAACUUGCUCGGACAGUGUAUCGUACCUUCCUGGGAUAUGUUCUGUUUUAAAUUGAGUCUCCUAAUGCAAGUUGAUAGUAUUCUUAUCUCUAUUUUCUUAACUGCAUUGUUGGUUAAGGGCUUGUAAGUAAGCGUUUUCACGGUAAGGUCUACACCUGUUGUAGUCGACGCAUGUGACAAAUAAAUUUGAUUUGAACUUUCUCUAUUUUGUAGAAA